AUGAACGCCAAUCCUAUCAGCAUGUCCAUCCGCACAGCCAUGUUCUUUGGCCGACUAAACCCCGCUGCGCCCUCGCUCGCCAGCGCCCUCCGUCCCCUUCCCCAGACAACUGCCCGGAUGGCCAAACAGCCCACACGUCUUAGCUCCACGACAACUCGCCCGGCCGCCGCAACAUUGAACCUAGACUUCCGGCCACAAGCCAAGGCUGCGUUGCCAUCAACCAUUGCUGUGCGCGCAAAUUCGACCUCAACACCUGCCAACGACGAAGUCAAGCUCGACUGGGACACCUUCUUCAAGCUCCGCGCUUCCCGCCGCCGAUACUCUCUCGUCUCCUCAGUUGCCAGCUCUGCUAUCAGCACCACUGUCGGUGUGCAGAUUCUGUCUGGCCAGGACCUUGAACAUCUCGGCGCCACAGUUAUGGGCCUCGACCCAUUUGUUGUCCUGGGAUUGGCGACCGCUGCAUGCGGUGCUGUCGGUUGGCUUCUGGGACCGGCUCUCGGAAAUGGGAUUUGGGGACUUGUGUACAGGAAGUACAAGCCCUCUGUCAACACGAAAGAGAAAGAGUUCUUUGAUCGUAUUCGCCGGUUCCGUGUUGAUCCAUCAACCAACUCCAUCGCCAACCCUGUUCCCGAUUACUACGGCGAGAAGAUUGGUAGCGUGGCGGGCUACCGAAACUGGCUGAAAGAUCAGAGGGCAUACAACCGCAAGCGCCGCAACUUCAUUGCGUAG